AUGAACACAAAUGAGGACUGGCAACGAGAAGUUCAUCUGGUCUUUUCAAUUCCAGAGGAGUACUGUGAAAUCAAACAGACUGUCGGCUGCUUUAUGCACAUUCACGUGGCACCUAUGCAGACCACAGACCUCGACCAAAAGUACGCGAUGGUCCAGCUGCAAAUCAUCCUAAACGUAAUCUCGUACUACGAUGCAGCCAUCACACAGAUCAUGCCGGCUGAGGGGAGAACAAUCUAUAGGCCCACUCCAACAUCAAGAAGGUCCCGGAAGCCACUAUUUUUUAUCUUGGAGAAGAUCAAAAUGAAGCCAAUGGUCUACCGUGAGAUGGGCCAGGAUAAAUAUCAAUCCUGGAAUUUCGGCCAUUUGACCAAUCAGUGCGGUAACAUCGAGUUUCGUCGACCACCCGGAGUCCAAACCGCCGCGGAUGCGAAACCCUGGACAGCUUACACUCUUAGUUUCAUCAACAUGGCCAUAACCAUGUCCAUUGGAUGGGCUAAGGUUUAG